UAGAACUUAAUCAGAGGUCAAAGUCUGCUUUCUGGCUGACAGAGCCAGUAGGAACACAGUAUGUUUUUGUCCCUCACUGUCUAAGCCCUUCUCACCCUGUUAACAACACCUCGCCUUGUGGAGAGCUUCCUCUGCUUGGAUUGUCGCCAGUUCAACACCAUGCUGCUUCGGACAGUGGUCCUGCUCCUCCUCUAUGUGUCCUCGGGCAUGUGUGCCACUUUAGGCCACUACCAGGCUCAAGCAACGGAGGAGGAGGAGGAGGCCCAUGCUGUGAACUCAGCUGCUCUUACUGAUGGUGUUGUUGCAGCUGUCGCCGUAGAUGCAGCUAAAGGUGACCAUGUAGGUGAUUCACCUGCAGCUGAGGAGCCUGUGGCUAAUACCCUUUUUGGUGACAAAGUAUUAGCUAAAAUACUUGCAGUGGAUAACCCAGCAGCUGACAAACAUGAAGUGGAUGUCCUUGUGGCCGAUGGUGCUACGGCUGAAGAGCCAGGGACAGACAGUGAUAGGCCUGCCAGUGACAUCCCUGCUAUGGAAGCCCUUGCUGAAGAGGCUGUCACCCAGAAGCGACUUUCUUCUUCUGAGGAGGAGGAAGAGGGGAAUGAGAUCAGACCAGUUGAGACAACCCAGUCCCUGGACAAACCCUUGGCUAAUGAAGAUAAUAACAGUUGGAGCCUUAACUCAAUUAGAAAUAGUUUCCAGACUAUGCACGGAUACUUUGACUCCCUGGUGGAGCUGGUGGGGGGUCGCGAUGGUGUGUGUCAGUACCGCUGCAGAUAUGGAGAAGCUCCUCAGCCUCGUCCGGGCUACCAGCUCCCUGAGCCCAACGGCUGCAGCUCCUCUCUGGUGGGAUUCCAGGUGAAUGCCGCUAUGGACCUGGGGAUCCCUGCGAUGACAGAGUGCUGCAACCAGCUUGACGUGUGCUAUGACACUUGCGGCACAAGCAAGUACGACUGUGACUCCAACUUUCGCUCCUGUCUGCAUGACAUCUGCUCUGACUUCAAGAAGAGCCUGGGCUUUGGGUCAAAGGUACAAGCCUGUGAGUCGAUGGCAGACGCUCUCUACAACACAGUGUGGACUCUGGGAUGCAGGCCUUACAUGAACAGCCAGAGGGCAGCGUGCGUCUGCGAGGGAGAGGAGAGGGAUGAGCUGUGACACAGAGCACACUGGACAACUCCUGGACACUUUCACACACAAAUAACAGGGUCAUGGGUAUUUUCACAGAU